GUACAAUAAAGCUACCCAAACGUAAACAUUAAAAACAUGAUUGUCAUAACGAAGCAAAAUAGAUUUUGCCUGAAUAUCUAUAAUAUUUACGAUAAAAUUUACAGCUGGCCAAGGACUUAAUUGUGGGAGGAUAUAUAUUGUGGAAUUCGAUGAUUUUGACCAACGAAUUUUGUCAACUGAUUUCGACUCUAACUUUGUUAGAAAGCUGCGAGAAGAGGCCGACAAGGCAGAGUGAGACGAUCGGUACCGCUGCGGCCGGCCCGGGGCAGGGCAUGCAGGGAGCUCCGCUCUGGAUUGAAACUACCUCAAGUGAGGUUCGUGUAGCUGUAGCUAGGCUCCACUUCACUAGAGUCUAGACACUACCGCUACAAUUUGCUCCACUCCACCUAUCCGAACCUCACGUUGGUGAACUCGCUCUGAUACCUGAUAUUUCGAGUGAUAAAGGUAAAGGAUUUGUGUCUUGGAGACAUUAUCAUCAUGACGUCGAGUCCACAGUACGUUCGUGUAUCUCUUAUAGGGCAGGCAAAAUACCUGCGUCAGUUUAAGAUAACCUCCAUCAUUCAUCUAACCAGUGGUAUAGCCUUGGUGAUCCUUGGAAUUGCUGCUGCAGCCACCAGAGCCAUGUGGUCUUUCUAUGCAGCACCAAUAUGGUGCGGUAUUCUGUUUUUCAUCGUUCCUGGAAUCGUUGGCCUGUGUGCCGCCCAACAGAGAAAGCAUCACUUGACGGCUGCUUACAUAGGACUGUCGGCGACGUGUAGCCUGAUCUCAUUUGGUCUCUUUUUCUUGUACUGCUUUAUCAUUUCGAUUGAGAGAACACUCGGACACAGCUUUUACACGUACUGCAAUCCCCUUUAUUUCCUGGAGUUUGACUGCCCCUCAUCUGUAGCUGGUAGAAUGGUGAUCGAGGUUCUGAUAGCACUCAUUUCUUUGAUGACGUUCUUCGCGUCCAUUUUUGGAAUGUUGUUUGGAAGUUGCUUCAACUGCACAUGUUGCGCCACCUGUGUCAAGGAGUGUUACAGCGACGCCCCACAGUGCUGCCAGUGUUGCUCGUGUUGUGGGCAACAAUCAAAUGAGGUAUCGGUGAGUUCCUUUAAAGGCUGAAAGUUUUACUACCAUUACAGCAGAUGGUUCUCUUCGACUAGAAGGUAAAUGUCAGUAUUUUAUCCAAGGCCAGUUCAGCAAAGACUGACACAUGCCUUUACGAGACCGAGAGAGAGAGAUAUGGGCAUUCAGAGACAUAUGGUCAUCUAAGACUGAGGCCAGUGCCCAUGAAAACAUACAUAUAUUUGUGCAUGUUUUUUUUCUCCACCUGUCAAAUUUAAUUUGCCAUUUGAGGGUCUAUAACUCCCCCACCCCCCCCCC